AUGGCCGAAAUCCCCCGGAUCAUGGCGGGUGUCACCAACAAGCAAGACCGUUUGGCCAUGUUGGAGGCUCUCGUCGAUGAUCUCACUGUCGAAGAACGACGUGCAGUUUCAACCUUUCUCUGCCGAAAGAACGACCCGCUGCACAUCUUGCCGAUCGAGGUCGUCAUCCAAAUCACCACAUACUUGCGAUUCGAGGAUGUCUGGAGAUAUCAAUCGGUCUCGAGGCAGUGGCGGUUCAUCCUAUCCACCGACGAAGUGUUGAAAUCGGCGGUCGCGAGAUGGUAUACCCACAGCGCAGAGGACAGCGCACGAAGCUCAGGCACAACGCCCCCAAGAGCAAAGGCGAUUCACAUCCAGGCCCUGCGAACCGGCUUACCUUUCACUACAAGAAUUAUCGAGGCACCUUAUAAGGGAGACCGCGGUGUGGAUGUCGUCACAUCGCAAGUCGAUCAAUCAUUCGCAUUGAAAGGCCACAGGAUUGCAUACGCAAACCAGCCUUUUUAUGACAGCCCGUACGUCACUGUUCACGAUUUGAUCUCCGGAGAGAAGUCACAUCACCGAACGACUGCAAGAGAGCAUGUUUGCUGUAUUACCUUAACCUCGACCCUCAUCGCCUACUUGAACUUCCAGGGAAAGCUUUAUGCUCAGAGUCUAUCUGAUACGUCCCUCGACCCAACACAACUACGAUUGCCGUCAUCAUCCUACUCUGCGUUCACCGCAGAUGGGGACUUUUGCGCCAUAGCUUUCGAAGCCUCGCACGAGCAGUACACCGUCGCCUUGUACGAUCACCGUCAACAGCAUUUGAAAGAGCUGGUCUUCCCCUGCCCGCAGCUCCAUGGUCGCGAGGACCACGAGGUCGCGUUCCCAGUCGCGAUGCUACUCAAUGCGAAAGAGGAAACCAUCGACAUGUUUUGCGUUCGCAUGCUAGCAGUGGACGAAGCUCCUCGACUGCACGACGUCUAUUUCGAGCACAGACGCUACUCCUUCGCCGGAGACGAAUUGCACGCAUCACACUACCACAGAACAGCCAUCGGACCUAUGAAGCGUCAGCACCACCUCCCGUGCGCCGACAUGCAUCCAACGGGAGACGAAGGAGUCUACCUCUUCCGCGCAUCCAUCAUGUACGCCCACACCAAGGACUUCCAGCACAGUCUUCCCUUCAACAUCGUCCUCUGUUUCGACCGUCGCAAAGGCCAGCUCGAAGAACGAUACUUCACCGGCGAGAUCCUCGUGCCACGAACUGUCGAAAAAGGCUACGACCCCGAUGAGCCCAUUGACUUCAUCCUCUGGAAAGACACGCACAUCCGCGCCCACCCGGGCCAUCUCGAAUUCAGCACGGAGAACGCAGACGUCCAGGCCUCACUAUCCCUCGACGAAGAUCGGUACGAGACGCUCGAAGCCAACUACGACCCUCGCAACCGGCGCUUCUUACUGCCAACAUCGACCAACUCCUCCCCACGCGACCACAACCUCUUCAUCAACGACACGUUCCUCGUCCUCGUCACGGAGGAAUUUUUCAAAGGCACACGUGACAUCUACGUCUAUUGCUUCGACCCUGGACUCGAGUGCGAAGGCUUCGUCGACGCUGGCGUACGGUGA